AUGGAACCAUCAUCCGUCCGCUCUGAUGCAGAGAAGCAGAGGAGGCAGAUGUUCACAGCUGACUGCUGUGAAAGUAGCAGAGUAGCAGAGAAGAAAGAACAAAGAAAAAGCAAGGAAAACUGUCCCCAUCUCCAGCGGUCAGUCCCAAUAACUGCCCCCAUCUUCAGUGCAGUCAGUCCCAAUAACUGCCCCCAUCUCCCAUCUCCAGCAGUCAGUCCCAAUAACUGCCCCCAUCUCCAGCGGUCAGUCCCAAUAACUGCCCCCAUCUCCCAUCUCCAGCAGUCAGUCCCAAUAACUGCCCCCAUCUCCCAUCUCCAGUGGUCAGUCCCCAUAACUGCCCCCAUCUCCAGCGCGGUCAGUCCCAAUAACUGCCCCCAUCUCCCAUCUCCAGCAGUCAGUCCCAAUAACUGCCCCCAUCUCCCAUCUCCAGCAGUCAGUCCCAAUAACUGCCCCCAUCUCCAGCGGUCAGUCCCAAUAACUGCCCCCAUCUCCCAUCUCCAGCAGUCAGUCCCAAUAACUGCCCCCAUCUCCCAUCUCCAGUGGUCAGUCCCCAUAACUGCCCCCAUCUCCCAUCUCCAGCAGUCAGUCCCAAUAACUGCCCCCAUCUCCAGCGCGGUCAGUCCCAAUAACUGCCUCCAUCUCCAGCGGUCAGUCCCAAUAACUGCCCCCAUCCCCCAUCUCCAGCGGUCAGUCCCAAUAACUGCCCCCAUCUCCAGCGCGGUCAGUCCCAAUAACUGCCCCCAUCUCCAGCGGUCAGUCCCAAUAACUGCCCCCAUCCCCCAUCUCCAGCGGUCAGUCCCAAUAACUGCCCCCAUCCCCCAUCUCCAGCGGUCAGUCCCAAUAACUGCCCCCAUCUCCAGCGCGGUCAGUCCCAAUAACUGCCUCCAUCUCCAGUGGUCAGUCCCAAUAACUGCCCCCAUCUCCCAUCUCCAGCAGUCAGUCCCAAUAACUGCCCCCAUCUCCAAUCUCCAGCGGUCAGUCCCAAUAACUGCCUCCAUCUCCAAUGCGGUCAGUCCCAAUAACUGCCCCCAUCUCCAGCGGUCAGUCCCAAUAACUGCCCCCAUCCCCCAUCUCCAGCGGUCAGUCCCAAUAACUGCCCCCAUCCCCCAUCUCCAGCGGUCAGUCCCAAUAACUGCCCCCAUCUCCAGCGCGGUCAGUCCCAAUAACUACCCCCAUCCCCCAUCUCCAGCGGUCAGUCCCAAUAACUGCCCCCAUCUCCAGCAGUCAGUCCCAAUAACUGCCCCCAUCUCCAGCGCGGUCAGUCCCAAUAACUGCCCCCAUCUCCCAUCUCCAGCGGUCAGUCCCAAUAACUGCCCCCAUCUCCAGCGGUCAGUCCCAAUAACUGCCCCAAUCUCCACUCUCCAGCGGUCAGUUCCAAUAACUGCCCCCAUCUCCCAUCUCCAGCGGUCAGUCCCAAUAGCUGCCCCCAUCUCCAGCGGUCAGUCCCAAUAG